UUAAAUUUCAAAACAUGAAGAUAAAGAUAAACUAACAUGGCUUUCACUAUUGUAGUAUUAAUAUUCCUCUGUGUUUGGCUCACAUCAGCGCAAAUUUUACGUAAAUCAAUAGUACCUAACGAUAUCAUGAGGGGCGGCGAGGGAUCUGUUUUGUGUGACGCCGAUCUCGCUGGUCUACCCGACAGGGUGAGGGGGAUACACCAGAUGAAACUGUCGUGGAAUAGGAACAGGUUCCGAGCCACGUUUAUGCUGAAUAAAGGUCUUAUGGACGUGUACUUACGAGGUCGUUGGAGGCUGAAGCAUUACGCAUCGGCGCAUAGAAACAUUUGGGGUUGGAUAGACAGGGACGACAUUAGAAUGGAGAUCCAGCUUACAAAUACUAAUCCCACGGACAUGGGCGAGUGGUGCUGUGAGAUUAUGUACUUUCAUCGGACCGAUGAUGCUGAGUUCUCGAAGCGCUGUCAGGGAGUGAUGGUUUCCGAUAAAGCUAUCGUCCAUCCUACUCGUGUCUCUCCUGAAGAACCCGUACAGAUUUCGUGUGAUGGAGAUAUGGCUGGAGUGCCUUACGCCGCAACAGAAUUGGAUUACCUAACGCUAGUAUGGGAGAACAAAGAGUACGAUCCCAAUACGUAUUUACUGUAUGAAAUCACACCAGAUCUGAAUGACACCCACACCUACUCUCAUCUGCUAACUCCCGCCGGCAAGUCACACUGGAAAGUCUACCAGCAAGGAGGGCGCAUAAGGCCAAAAAGGAGAAUCGAGAAGAGCCAUCUGAAGAUUGGCAUCAACAUCGCAUCCAGCAAAGACCACGACUCCGGCUUCUACUGCUGCGGGGCGACGUAUUACGACCAGAAGGAUGUCAAACGCUGGGAGCACCGCUGCCAGAAAUUAACAGUUGGCACCAAGUACGAAGGCAAUAUUAAUGUCCAGUUCUCAUCAAAUGGAAGCGGAUUUAUGUGCAUGCCCGACGUUCUUAUGUUCGGAUUAAUUGUAUUCAUAAUGAAUUUCUGGUCUGAUUAACAUCUCCUGCGUCAUCCUCUAAAUAAUGCAAGAAGAUUACCUAAAGGCAGUUGUUACAACAGUACUUAACAAACGGUUAUCAGUUUUGGAGAAAGAAGACAAACACAAUUAUUUGCAUAUUUAUUUAUCAUGAAAAAAACGUACACGAUUAUAUAUUUGUAUACUUACAUCGUAUUUUUUGUUAAAAUCUCUUAAACAUUUGAAAUUUAAAUGAAAAUAAAUACCA